AGGUGUUGCCAAGAAAACUAUUCCUCCUGUUGAAACAUUUUCUACCACUACAGGUACGCCUACUAAGGAGCUCCCUACAUGCAGUUACUAAUAUAUAGCUAUUUCUAUUCAGGUUAAUUGUCCCUGAGUAAAGCGGAAAAGUCGAAUACGAGCGCUAAAAACUGGGAAUCGCUAACCAACUAAUGAAUUUGUUAGCGAUUCCCGGCAAGCCUUUCCCUCUCGUAUUCGACUUUUCCGCAUUGCUUGUGGACAACCCUAAUUGAACAAAACGCUCAAAACAGUGUAAACUCGCUGGGGCAAUACUGAUACGCAUGUUACGUGGAACUACAAUCGUAUAGCCCUUGUUGUAAAAUUGCGGUGUUUGUGCCAAGUUUGCCACCGCUUUAUAUUCCGCCGUAGCCUGCGUCGCAGACGGGUUUAUGGUGUUUUGUUUUUUUUUGAGGGGGGAGGAGUUCGUUCGAACCAAAUGCUCCCUUAAAUUAACUGCCUAGAAAAAUUCCUUGUAUACGUCCUCUGAAUUUCCUUUUUUUCAGGGGCAAAAUUAAUUAAUGACUCGGACUCUCAGCAAGGACAAAAAUACUAUCGUUCGAAUUGGCGUACGCAAUUGUAUUUGUGGAUGCCAAAUUCAUUGCGAAACAGCUCCAUUCUAGCAAUUUAUGGUCUUUGAAGAACAAGCGAAAUUGUAUCGUUGACAAAUCGCUCAAAAUUAUUUGUUAAGUGACUGAUUAAAAAUGCAGUACGUUUGACCUUGAUAACUUUCGUAGACCGCUAGUAGUCCCUCGGAGAAAGGAGGGACCGCCGACAACACAUCAGGAAACGAAAUACGCCCACUUUUCGCUCUUGUCAAAGUGGCUCCGCCUUUGCAUAACCAUUACUAUAUCCAAUUAAAUCUAUCCAAUAGGAACCGUUAAUGUCAUGUUUAUUUACAGGGUGUGUAAAAAAAGGAAAUCGAACUUCAGCGCGCUAUUGUAUCUUAAUUACUCGACAUUUUUUUCAUAAUUACAACAUAUCAGAUUUGAUUGACAGGUGUAUUGAUUUUGACCAAUGGGAAUUUUGCGUUGUGUGGGCAACGCGGAUUUCAUUUCAUGAUGUGUUGUCUGCAGUCCCUCCUUUCCUUUCGCAUGCCCGAAAAUCUAAACCCGCGGAAAGGAGGGACUGCUCGCAGUCUAUAACUUUCGUAUCGUUGUUUUUCUUUUUUGUGCCAUAUACCAAUGGAAUCGUCUUACUUUUCUCUUCAUUUUGAUUUGACCGGCAAUAGAUUAUUUUGAAGGAUUUAAAGUUUUAACCCUAGCGUACGGAACAACUGCCGGCCGGAUUAGAGGAAUGUGGCGUAUUUACAUCGAGUAUUUAUAAUAUAGCAUUUCUAAACCCUGAACGCUGGUUGGCUAAGAGCCGUGUUGAUGCAACUCAAUAAGGAGUUUAAGCAUGUAGGACGCAAUACGACGACGACGGCAACCAAUACAAUGAGUCAAUGAAAAGAAAUAAAUAAUUAAACUCCCAGGGGAGUUUCAGACGUAGUCGUCGCUUUGUUUACAACGGCAAAUCACAGAUUUUCACGUCUUUUAUACAACGCCUGCAUUUCAAGCCGUAACAAGUGCAACUCGAAUUCGGUUCAAUAGAACUCUUCCCAAACAUAAAGCCAAUGUUUUCAACUUCUUAUACUGUAUUAAAUUCAUACGAAUUAUAAUAUACGACAAGUUUUCUUUACUAUAAUUUAUUUGAAGGAAUUUACUUUGGCUGUCAUCGUCGUGUUGCCGUCCUACAUGCUUAAGCUCUCUAAUGUCAAUACGGAAACGUCGGAAAAUUCUUUUUUUAUGUUUCUUGGUGCUAUAUUAUAAAACAAAUAUAAAACUUUUUCCGUAUUGAUAUACAGUUAUAUCAACACUCGUGGAAAAUAUGAAAACUCGAAAUUGUGUGGAAACACAACGUCGAAAGGGCGGAGUGUUUCCACACAAUUUCGAGUUUUCCCAAUUUCCACUCGUGUUGAUAUAACUGUCUAUCAACAAGGAAAAUGUUCUAUAUAAACAUUCCAUACAAUUGUUCCUGUGCAUCGCUGUCUUUGUAUUUCUGUUUUUGCCGGACUAUAAAAUAACAUUUUGAGCGCUUACCAAGAUUUAUUUGGCAUUAAAACAUCUCCAAAUGCAUUAUUCUUGUCGUUGAAUCCUCAAUGCCGUUAAAAAGCAAUUAAAAAAAAAAACGUAAACAUAUUCAUACUGGUUAAAAUAAACAGCAGCCUUGGCCUAUUUAGUGAAAUUCUUUAUCUUUCUCAAAACCUAGGGUUAUUUAUGGAUAAUUUGAGUAAAACUUAUCCACGACGAUCAACGACGAUCCGCCAACUAUAAAAAAUGCGUGUCGAAACCUAUACUCGCCUGUACACAGAUACCCCCAACAAGUAAAAGCUGUAUAUAUCAGCGUUUUGAAUUAAAAGCUGUAUAUAGGAUAUAGGUAGAAAAACUGAUUUUUUUUGCAUAUAUUUUUGUUUCUUCGCAUAACAAAUUUGGGAACAUGACCUCAUCAUUUAUCCAGCUAUAUCAGCCAAAAAAGACAUCAUAGCGGGAAAAUAAAAAUGGCGACGUAUCUUUCAUUGCAGAAAGUAGGCCUACAUUAUUAUGACAUUCUUCGAUUUUUCAAAAUCACGAGUGUAGUUUUUUAUUAAUUACACUGGCCAUUUCUUUCAAAUUUAAAUAUUAAAUAGAAAUUACCAUGGAUAUCUCAUAUACACUAGUUAGCGCAUCUCACUCUGCGGGCGAGCGAAAUUUGAAGCCUGAUCGCAGUCGCAUUUUACGCGAGGGGGCCAUAUUGAUCGUUCCCACGAAGCGUGAUAAUUUGUAUAUUUUGUAUUGCGGAAAUGGACAAAGUGACCAAUAAAACCUCUUUUAUGCAGUCAAUUUUGGGUUUUUAUGUGUGGAACUUGUUGUCAAUGAUGCCAGAUCGUUGGAGCUUCAUAUUGUGAAUAACGGGUAGGCAAAGUUUAAUUAUUUUUUCUGAAAAUAUCAAUAUUUGUCGACCCGUAUGAAGGGCGGCCAUAUAACAACUAAGGACAAACCAUUGCGAUUUUUCAAUAUUUUUAUGUUAAAUAUAUCAUGUUGUGUGUGGAAUUAAGAUUUUGAUGCAUAUUCAUAUAUAAAUAUAGUUCCACCAAUUCCAAAUAAGACAUUUUGAGCUAGUAUCGCCAUUGCUUCAUGGCAAAAUUGUAAAUGUAUUUGUAAAAGACAGCAACAUUGAAAAACAUUUUAGUCACAGUUUAUCAAUUAUGGCAAAAGUACUCAAUAUAAAACAUGGAAUGAACCAAAACAAAAAUGGUUCUCACUUCUUAUAGUAUGUGUACCGGGUGGCCCAAAAAAAAGUACUCCUGUUUGAUUCGUAAUAACAUCUAAACAAGUAUAGCUUUUAAAGAGAAAUUACUUGCAUCAAAUAGAGGAAGGACGAACUUAGACUUUGAUAUAUUACAGUUGUAUUUCACUUAAAAAUUCACGGAGAUAUUAAUCUUUAAAUUCGGGAGGAUAUUUCUGGAUGUGUCUGAAAUAUGCAAAAAUCGGCGUAUCAAAUAUUAAUCAAGAUUUGCCCGACUGAAACAUGCACUAUUACCAGUAAAUAAAUGACACUUGACAAAUUGUUUAUUAUGAAACAAAGUAUUAUUAUAUCUACAAAAUACAAGCAAGAUUCAUUCGUCCGAAAUUCGCGUGUGUUCCUAGCACGAAUACGUUUCCUUAUUUCAUGAGACCACUGCAUCGCGAAGGAUCGUCAUUGGAUCGUUCGUAGUUCUGAAUUAGGGCAUGCUGUCACAACGGAAUUGUGAAGCUCUUCUAACUUCUGCAACGUUCUGAAAUCUUGUUAAGAACACCCAAACUCUUUUGCCGUUUCUUAAUCUUGGCAAGUUCAUGGAGUAAACUGAGAAUUAUAUGAAACACAAUCAAACCAUACAACUCCAUAAGACAUAACAAUUAAGCAACUCCCCAGAGACAUGCAACAUUUUUGGAACAAAACGUAACAAAAUAGUAGCGUUGAUACGGUGAUGUGUAUUUGCAAAAAGCAAUAUUAUUUCCUUCAAUAAAGAAUAUUCAUCCUGCUCUAACCGAGAAAUAAUCUACUCAGUCUGUUUGAACCUAUUAAAAACAUAAAAAAAUUAGGCUAUUUAAGAAUACGAAAAAUUUAAGCGCCUGCCUUCCAUGGUCAGUCUUUCAUGUACAUUUAAGUUUGCAAAGACCUAAUAUUAAAUACUUGCAUAAUUUCGAACGUUCAUAUUUCAGGAAACAAUGAGCUAAGACUUACAUGUAAGAUGUCUAAAUCUACGCCAUAUCCCUUACAAACCUUAACGAUAAUUCGCUGAAAUACAAGUUAGCCUAAUAUGUCAUUAAGCAAACAAACGCUGGAGUUAAUAUUUGAUAUGCCGAUUUUCGCUAAUUUUAGACACAUUCCAAAAUAUGCUCCCCAUUUUUAACAUUAAUAUAUCCGUGAAUUUUUAAGUUAAAUACAACUGUAAUAUAUCAAAAUCUAAGUUAGUCCUUCCUCUAUUUAAUGCAAGUUAUUUCUCUUUAAAAACUUUACUUGUUUAGAAGUUAUUACGAAUCAAACAGGAGUACUUUUUUUUGGGCCACCCGGUAUAUUUAUUUACCUACAACAUAUAUGUAUUAUUUUAUAGUUCCAUGGAAUCACAUCAAGAUUAAAAUCUAUUAGAAGCUAGAGAACAAUUGCAACUUUAUAUUCGCAGGCAAUAUAAGGUAAUUUCUAUUGUAUUAUGUAAAUAUAGUUGAUAAUUCUGCACUGGUAUGAAUGCUUCAAACUAUCUUUAAUUGAUGUUAAGAAAUAUUUCUUUCUAUUGAGUCCUGUGAGUACAAGAUCUAUUGCUUGUAAUUAAAGCAAUCGAAUUGCUAAAUUACUGUAAUUAUUAAUAGGUCAUUGUUUUAAUACAGUACUGAAUUUGUAUUUUAGAACUGUAUUAUGGGAAAUCCUAUUUUGUAAUGACACACAUUAUUUCUUGCAUUUUUGUAUAAGAUCAAUGAAAUAAACUGAUUGAUGCAGAGUAGGUUUUGUAAUCUUAAAUAUAGUUACAUUCAUUAUUGUAUGAAUAAUUAUUAUAUUGUUAUAAUAAAAUACUACUUUUGAUUUUGUGUAAUAGUGCUUUCUAAUUCUUUGACACAUAUAUCAAAUGCACAAUAUUAAACUUUUCUUAAAAAAUAAACGAAAUCUGCAAGUACUUUCAGGAAUUGAAAACGUGAUAAACUCUCAAUUUUAGUCUUUUGAAUUUAGUGGUUACUGUAAAUAUAUCGCCCCCAGUGAGGUAAUCCAGGUGGUAUUUGGAUUCCGGAUCCCACUGCUUGGAUUCCGGAUCCUACUUCUUGGAUUCCGGUUUCCACGUCUGGGAUUCCGGAUUCCGGAACUGUAGUGGAUUCCGGAUUGCAAUUUAUUAUUUUGUGUAUUGCAAAGCCAAUAAAUACACUUUCAGGUCCCAGUGCACUUGUUACUGCAUAUAUUAUCAAACAAGUCUGAUAAUCAAAGAUAUAGCUUCAAAUAAUAAGUACAUCAAAAUUAUAUAUUGAUAUACUGUAGUGCAACCAACAUUGUUUAUGUUUCGCGGCAAGGCCCUCUUCAGAAACCUUUCUAAAAAGUUAAUUGCGGUUUCAACGGUGAGAAAGAACAACGAAUUUUAACUUCUGGGAAAUUAGUUUUGGUUACCCCAACAUUCCACGCGUGUCUUGGUUUACUUGCUCUUGACUUCUAGAAAUCUCUAGUUAGGUUCUUAUUCCACUUAUUGUAAAAUCAGUACAUAACAAAAUUACAAUGAAUAAAUUUUUUCUGCAAUAAAAUUACGAAAAAUCGAGCUGAGUAGAGGUUUGUUUCACUAUCUAUCAACGAAGAGACAUAUGGCGAGUAGCUUAGCCUAACAAUAAAUAUGAGAUAAAUAUACUAUUUAAUCUAUAUGUAGACUAAUAUAAUAAAACUAUAAUCAAUAAAACUAUCAUCAAUCAAUCAAUUCAAACACUGGAUUACACAAACAUGGAAAUGUUUUUAUCCCUCAAAUGAAUAAUAAUUGUAGAAACGUGUGUCAUUGUAGCUGAGAAGGAAACGGGUUGUUCUUCCAGGCAGACUGACGCCCGGAAAUCGUGGGGGAAGUGCGGCAAGUUUAACACUUCUUCCAUCUCUUCUUCCAUUUCUUCUUCCAUCUCUACUUCCAUCUCUUCUUCCAUCUCUUCUUCCACCUCUUCUUCCAUUGCGGCAAGUUUAACACUUCUUCCAUCUCUUCUUCCAUUUCUUCUUCCAUCUCUACUUCCAUCUCUUCUUCCAUCUCUUCUUCCAUCUCUUCUUCCAUCUCUUCUUCCAUCUCUUCUUCCAUCUCUUCUUCCAUCUCUUCUUCCAUCUCUUCUUCCAUCUCUUCUUCCCUCUCUUCUUCCAUCUCUUCUUCCCUCUCUUCUUCCAUCUCUUCUUCCAUCUCUUCUUCCAUCUCUUCUUCCAUCUCUUCUUCCAUCUCUUCUUCCAUCUCUUCUUCCAUCUCUUCUUCCAUCUCUUCUUCCAUCUCUCGUCUCCAGUUUCCUCAUAUAUAUAUCCGUUAGAAAUGCGUGAUAGUUGAAUGUUCUCCUCCAGAGGGACUAGAAACUGUUCGCGUUGAAACAAAAUCCUGCGGGAGUCGGCCAUGAUACACUUCGGGGAGUUCUUGUCACAGAUACCUUUGACAUAACAGUGUCGAUCCUCUGUUUUAAGCCAUCGAAUACUCAUACUGUUUCUCAAGAACCUUCCACUGUCAGCUUCGACGCAAACGUCCUCCAGAAGAAUAGCUAACCAAUACGGGGACGUUCCCUCCUUAAAUUGUGGCUGAUGGCGACGACGUCAUCCCUGCGGUACAGAACCCUAAGCCGUGCUGCAUGAAUUGCCUCGAUUACCGUUGGGCGCAUUUACAGUCUGGCAUUCUUACACGAUGUCCUCCACUUCUUCCGAGGCGGUAACGGCGGCUGGUCUCAUGCUCAAGGAAUAUGGAAGGGUUCCUGUAAUCUUUUUCUUCUUUGAAAGAACGUUUUCUUGUCUCACACCCCUGCCGUAUUCGCUUACACAUUCUCGCAUUAUCUUCCUCGCGUCUUUCUUCCCACUUCCCUUAAUCGCAACACUUUGCUUUGUUGCAUGGGAGGCCAUGUUGGGCGGGUCGCUCUUCAUAAUUUUCUCAGGGUAAAAUGAAUUGGAUCCAGUGAAAUACGAACAAAUAUGUUUACAAAAAAUAUGUUUUUUUCUUCUAAAUUAAUAAAACAAUGGAUUCUAGAACGGACCCUGGAUUCCGGAUUCCUCAGUUAUUUGGAUUCCGGAUUCCAAUGGUUUACAAAAAAUAUGUUUUUUUCUUCUAAAUUAAUAAAACAAUGGAUUCUAGAACGGAUCCCUGGAUUCCGGAUUCCUCAGUUAUUUGGAUUCCGGAUUCCAAAUGUCUGGAUUCCGGAUUCCAAGACUCCGGAUUCCGGAUUCCUAAACCAAAAAAAAGUUGGAUUCCGCAUUACCAAACCAAAAAAAAGUUGGAUUCCGCAUUACCUCACAAGGGGCGAAAUAUAAUUUUUAAAAAUGUCCAAUUUAAAAAACAUUUUUGGAGACUUGUGUCAAAGAGUUUUUACCGUUUUGGCACCAAUUGUAAUUAAGUUUUUCAUCAGUAAGCAAUUUAUUUUUACAAGCAUACUAUUCUAUAGAUUGAAACUAGACUUGCAUUACAUGAUGAACUUCCUUUAUAGAUUUCCUAAGGAUAAAGUUCCAACUUCUUCAUUGUCCAUAACCUGUCUUUUUACUGAGCUAGAUCACCAUCUUUUUGACUCACCAGUUGGUGAAAAUCAUGUUGAUCAGUUGAUCAAGAGUAUCAUCAAGAGUUACUGCCAAGUUAAAUUUUAUAAUCUUGGAAAGAAUACCACUGAGAAUUCAUGGGGGUAAAAAAUUAGAAAGAAAUUAAACAAACUUGUACUUUUUAACCGCCAGUGAUUUAUACAAGGAAUGUAUCAGAGGAAGUUAAUUAUUACUAAAAAUGUGGAGUGAAAACCUCCCAAGAUGAAAGGGCAGACUCUGACUCAAACAUUUUGCUAAAUAUUUACUAUGAAACUGCCCAAGCUGAAAGUGCAGACUCUGUCUCAAACAUUUUACUAAAGAUUUACAGUGAACAAUGCCACUCAAACAUUUUGCUAAAUAUUUACUAUGAAACUGCCCAAGCUGAUAAGUGCAGACUCUGUCUCAAACAUUUUACUAAAGAUUUACAGUGAACAAUGCCCAAGUGCAGACUCUGUCUUAAACAUUUUAUUAAAGAUUUUAUACAGUCAACAAUGCCCAAGCUGAUAGUGCAGACUGCCAAGCUGAAAGUGCAGAAUCUGUCUUAAACAUUUUACUAUAAAGAUUUACAGUCAACAAUGCCUAAGCUGAUAGCGCAGACUAUGUCUCCAACAUUUUAUUAAAGAUUUACAGUGAACAAUGCCCAAGUGGAGACUUUGUCUUAAACAUUUUACUAAAGAUUUACAGUGAAAAUUGCCCAAACUGAAAGUUCAAAGUGAAAACUCGAUCUUAAACCUUUUACAGUAUAAACUGCCUUUGUUGAUAGUCUAAACGCUACUUACCAUUUCCAUAAAGUGGUGCCAGAAACUGUAAAAACAUAUAUAUUAUACGAUAUUUCACCAGAGAAUCAUUCACAGUUUGAAUAUGCUCUUUACACUUGACUAUACAAAGAAUGCAGAAAUUCGAAAUUUUUAGCUUUAAAAUGUGAUUCAAAGACAACAACAUCGCCAAUUAAUGUUUUUCUUGCAACCUUUUCCAAAAAAGCAGCAAUUUCAAAGGCGAACAUAUCUCAAAAAGGUAUUUUUAAAUUAAUCCACAAAUGCAGAAUAGUAUAGUAUUUUCUAUAGCAUUUCAUUGAUGAGUGGGAACGACCAAUAUGGCCGCCGCAUAUUUUCAUGGGGGAAACCGCUGAGAUUUUUGGCUUCAGUUUUGUAUUCUGAGAUGCGCUAUCUUAUGAGAUAUCGAUAUCCGUUAAAAAAGUGACAAAUUUUGAGAUAUGGUCACGGUUGCCAGUAGUUCGGUUAAUCCGAUUCGGUUUGGUGAUACUUGGCGAGAUACUCAAUUCAUUCUAGUACCUUCGAUACCAGCGCAUUUCUACGAUCAUGAAUUUUUGUUUCUGGUGUUAUGCACCGAAAAAAAAAUUGAUUUCUGAAGUACUACCGACUAGGAUCGACUUGGCUUGAGGUCUAUAGUGUGCGAUUCCCACCGCGGUUGAGCUAACUUUUCAUCUUGUCGGGUGCAUGUGAAUAAUCCUGGAGACAACAUCAAAAACAUAUAGGCUAAUAUGGGCACCUGAAUGCAUAACACCAGAAACAAAAAAGCGUUUCACCCAUCUAAUAUAGAGGAUUUUAUAAAUUCUGACAACAAAACAUCUAACCACAAAAUUUGUUUGAAGUUUGAAAUUGUGUGAAAAAGACUUUUAACUGUUUCAAAGCUAAUUCAGUCGCCUGUUUUUGACGUUAAUAUUCCUUGCAUCACAGCGAAAUGGGUCGACAAGAUGUCAUCUUGUCAACGCAUUUCUUUUACUUUUAAUAAACAUAAAUUAAAACAAAGUUUUAUCCAUAUGCAGAUAAAAGCUUCCUCCUACUUUUCCUGUAAAAUCGGCGUUUUCAUUUUGCAUAAUAAAUACUUCACUCCGAAACGUGUGCUGGAAUUUUUGGGUCACGAGGUACAACAAGUAAUUUCGCCUGCCCUUGCACAUGUGUUCGCGCAAAUCAAGUGAAGUACAUGGAUACGUUCAUGUGUCAGUAUCACUGCCUCACAUUUCUAAUUUUCUUACUUUUUCAGUGGUUGAAACGCAGGGCUGCCCAAAAAACUGGAAGAAACAUGACAUUUCAUGCUAUCUUUUUGUCACACAGCAAAUGAACUGGAAAGAUUCCAGAUCUAACUGCUUAAGAUAUGGAGCAGACAUGGUUUCUAUCCUUGAUUCCUCGGAAGUUGAAUAUAUUUACCAGCAAGUAAGUACAGAAAAAGGCUCUAGAUUCUGGAUUGGAUUAAUCCGUAAGAAAACUACCAUUGAUCCGAAAGAAGGCUGGGUUUGGAGUGAUGGAAAUAAUUUUACAGAAACGCAUUGGGAGGAGAACGAACCAAAUAACGCCAACUUGAACGAAAAUUGUGCGGAGCUUACCGGCGGUGGCAAUUGGAAAAAGUGGAAUGACGUCAACUGUGAUAAUUCAUUUUUUUCCAUUUGCAAAAGGAAAAAAGGUAAAAUGUAUAGCCUCGGAUAACAAAGUACAAAGUUUUAUUUUUUGUCUGUGAAAAUGAAUCAAUCUGAUUGGCUGAGGCGCCUUUCAGAGCGGACCGUUUUCUGCAUUCGACCCGCUGUGAAAUGCAACUGCCCGCUGUGAAAUGCAACUGCCCGCUCUGGAUUUCGCGCCAAAAACCGAGGAGUGAAACAAUUUUUAAACUAAAAAGUCAGAGAGAAGUGAAACGUAGCCUAACGAAAAUGAGAAUACGAAAUAAAUUGCAACAACCCUAAAUAAUUCAUACUAAGCAGAAUGUCAAUCUAGGCUGAUUUCCACGCCCCUUGUGGAAAUCAGCCUAGGUUGACAAUGGUUAGCGUGUUUAAAUAAAACGUUCUAUCUAUGUAAUUGACAAUAUUUUGAGAGAAAGUGCGAUGGAAGUCAGAAAGUAAUUUGACAUGCACAAAACUUGCGCCAAGAAAACUAUAUUUUUGUUUUAAAUGCUCAAUGCAUUUGGCCAUAUAAAAGCGAAAAUUUUGCAGUAAACACAUACAGUAAAGGAAAUAUUAUUCCGUCAUACAUUCAAUAUUAAAGUACGUUUAGCUGCAUGCAGAGAAAAUAAGUCACUGAUAUAGUCACGGAUGUUGUACCACAUGAGCUUGGGAGAGCAAGUGUUAUGCAUAUCAAUACGAAAGUCAUCGCGUCUAGUAUAAAACAAUCAAAGCGCUGUAAACUAUAAAAAGCUAAAAAUACAUGUAGUUGAAAACGGAAUCAGAAUAAUAACUGACUUUGAAAUAUAGAGUUAUAGACUAGCGAGUAUAUAUAUGCGAUAGGAAUUCAUAUAAAAUAUAUACGUGGUUUUAGGUCAUAGAAGGUAUAAAAGUUAUACUAAAAAGGAAUGUUUUCGAACGUUUCCUGAAGACUGAUCAAAUGCCGACAUUUUUUACCAAAAGUGUCGUGAUCUGACGGGUCGCGUCAUUUGAUGAAAGUUAAUUAAACGGUUAUAUGAAUCGUAACAAAAAGUAUAUAUGCAUGUUCUAUCGCCAUGCAAUCCUACAAAGAAAUGUAAAUAAAUUUCCACUCGAUAAUUUUCAUCUCUAACACCCAUCAACUAUCUCGCAAUCGAGUGAGAUGCCAACAAAAUCUUGUUAUUUACCCAUAACCUAUCAUAGCAGAACCCGGGUACAUAUACACGAACUUGUGAUUAGAGCUAGAUAACUGGCCAUUGUAAAGCUAAGUUGGUUAGUGUGCUGCACUGGGAUCGCAGCGCCGCUGUUUCUGCGUGGUUCGGUCUAAUACAUUUUUUGUAAAUUUUCACUCCAUGAUUGCCAUGUAUUAUUCAAUCGAGUGCAUGAGAUGCCUACAAAUUAAAUCUUGAAUUACAUAUAUCUUUUUUGAUGAAUUUACAUGCGCUUGGCGACGACAUGUGCUCUCACAUACCCAAGCGCGUCCAUUAGAUACGAAGUAUUUUCAUUGUUAACCUUGUCCGCAAAAAUACAUUAUAGACUUAGAAAUAUUACAAAGAGAAAAUAAUGCAAAUAUCUCGUUGUUUACAUCAGAUUAAAAAUGCGGUUACAGGACAAGUAUUAUGUCUUAUCCAAUUACAAAAACAUCUUUUCUUACCAAGCAAAUCAAGUUUUUCAACUGUACAUGCAUCUAUAUCACUGUCUCAUAUUUCUACCUUGUAUUUCCUUUUUAGACAUUACAACUCAGGGAUGCUCAAACGACUGGAAGGAAUACAAGAUUUCAAGCUAUUAUUUUGUCACGCAGCUCAUGACCUGGGGAGAAUCCAGAGCUAACUGCUUAGGAUGUGGAGGUGACAUGGUUUCAAUCCUGGAUUCCUCAGAAGUUGAAUUUAUUAAGCAGCAAACAAAUACAGAUGCCCUAAGAAACUAUAGUUUCUGGAUUGGAUUAUUCCGUGAGAAAAAGACCAGUGAUCCAAAGGAAGGCUGGAUCUGGAGUGAUGGCAAUAAUUUCACAAAACUUCGACAAUGGAGAAAAGGCGAACCCAAUAACUUCGACAAAAAUGAAAAUUGUGCUGAACUUGAAGAAUCUAGCAAAAUGUGGAAUGAUAUUGAUUGUUCAAACUUACGUGCUUCCAUUUGCAAAACAAAAAAAGGUAGGCCUAAUUUUUAAUAAGCUAUUCUUACACGGAAUAUCGAGUCAAUAUAUAGAGCUCCUUUUUACGACGUUCAAUUGAAGCAGUUUAGUAAUUAUAUCCGUUUUGACGAGUCUAAACUAAAAUUGGGACACAAUUUCAUACGAAUAGUAUUUAAGUUAGUUGAUUUAGCUUUAAUUGUUCAGACAUAUUCUAUUUUUGAAUAGUGCCAUCAAUUCAAGGCGAAUAAUUUUGCAUAUGAAAUCCAUGCCCAUAGGGUAUAAAACAUUGCCAGAAGAAUGAUCUUUUGCGAAUUGUCGUUCAACAAGGAUCUUUGGAUCCAAGCUUUUUUUCAAUGUAUAUUAUACUGGGCAAUCAAUGUGUUAUCCCGAAAGAUUGUAUUUUAGCGUAUUAUGUGUAUUGCUUAAGUCCCAUUCUAACUAGAAAUACAUGCAUGCAAUAACCCCUCGCCUGUUUUCAAAAGAUGUAUACUCAGUGCCGUUGCAAGCACUUCGUCUGAGGGGGUGUGUGAGGUUAGAUAGGGGGGGGGGGUUACCAAAAUGUUUCCAGAUGUACAAAAAUUUUCAGGACAUAUUAAUAAUAAUUUUUCCGAAAAUACAGUUGUUUUCCAAAUUCACUUUCUCAUGUCCUGAGAAUUACCUGAAUUCCCCUGAAAAUCUUCUGCAAAUCUACUUAAAUUUACCUAAAAGUGCACUGGAAAUCUACCUGAAAUUCCUCAUGAGCAAUUAUCAGGGGUGUUGCCCCCCCACCCCCAGUGAGUUCCAAGCAAACACUCUCUGAUUUAUUGUUCGUGUAUUUCACCUCCCAAAAUAUUGUGCAUCAUACUAUAGAGCUUUUGCUGUUGUCAUGCUCUAGCAUGGUUCAAAUUUAUGAAUUUUUAUUAUAUAAAGUAUAGUGUUUUACAGAGAUUUCGAGCACUGAUAAAAAUGAUAAUCUCACAUGUGAAAUUAUUCAUGAUAAUCUCACAUGUGAAAAUUAUCGCCUUUUCAAUUAUCGCUUUUCUGUAAAAAUUAUCGCUUUUCAUUUAAGACUGUCCUUUAUAUAAUAAACAGAAAAAUACAUGGGUGGUUGGAAAUACCAGAUUUAUUUUUCGUGUUGAACAUGACAUCUCACUCGUUCGCUGCGCUCACUUGUUCGCUGCACACUCAUGUUCAACACUCGAAAUAAAUCUGGUAUUUCGUGCACCCAUGCAUUAUUCUCUAUUUAAAGGACAAUGGCACCGAAAAUUUUUAUUGGCUAUUUCAAUCCUACUUGACGACCUAACUAUCAAAAUAUUAUCAUUUCGUUCUCAAACAUUUUAGUCUACGAGUAAAAUGCAUUCAAACUUUGUGUUUCGCCGCCAUCUUGGAAAUAUUUUUUGACAAAUUAUCUCGAAGGUCAAUGAACUUUGUGACGUCAUUGGAUGGGUAGCACUAAAACUACAAGAGAGAAUUCUAUUGCAUGCGUGUUAUGUUAGCUAAAAAUAUGUCGUUUUGAGCGUUAUACUGGCCAACACUCUUCGCAAUCAAACAAGAUAAGUCUACACUAUCAGAUAAAAACAUAUCGAGCGACUGGGAAAGCAGGGAAUGGCACAAUUUACAAUACAGGUAAUUGAUCAUAAAAUAUUGCAUUAGUAUUUGUCUUGUUGCACUCGAAUUUCUGCGUUUAUUUAACACGGAGUAGGAUAUAUACUAUGAGAAAUAGUGUUACAAACAAAUUACAUACUUGGUAAAACUUUGCUGCCUUUUGUUUCGGUUCAAAUGCACUACGCGUGGCAAUACUCGGUAUUGUUUAUAGUCAAGAAAUUGUUUUUACCCAGCCAAUGACGUCAGAUAAUGUAUUUUGAGGCAUAAAUUAGCAUACGCGCUUAUUUUCAAAAUGGCAGCAACUGUUGAACUUUCUAUCAAAUUUUCUCAACAACUAAAUGCGACAAACCGGCCAAAAUAUGAAAUUAAAUAUUCCGCAAGUAUACCCAAGAGAUAUAUGUAAUAAAAAUUUUGGGUGGCAAUGUCCUUUAAACUACAACUUGACUGGUUUAAAUUAUUAUCAAGUUAUCAGUGAUUGUAAAAGUUGCAGAUAGAAGUGUUUUGUUUUAUAUUAUUAUCAAGUUAUCAGUGAUCGCAAAACCUCCAAAUCCUUAAUUUCAAAUGUUAGAAUGUUAGGGUUUGUAAUCCAAGUGAGAAUAUAUACAUUUUAAGACCUAACCAGGAACGACUGCGAAAAAUGCAGCACAAGGUCCUCUGGUAGGAAUUGAACCUACGGCCCUGCGAUUCCGGUGCAGCGCUCUAACCAACUGAGCUACAGAGGCCAGCUGUUGAGCUUUAACCGUAAGUUCAUGUAUAUUUAGGUAAUCGGGUGGGCGGGUUAAUUAUGAUAAGGUGGACUUCAAUAAUUUGGAUUCUUGCACUUCACUUGGUGGAAUUAAAAUUAGAAUGUUAGGGUUUGUAAUCCAAGUGAGAAUAUAUACAUUUGUAUAUUCUCACUUGGAUUACAAACUAUUCUCAUUUGGAUUACAAAAUAUAUACAGAAAAUAUAUACAUGUAGUUUGUAAUCCAAGUGAGAAUGGUAUACAUUUGUAUAUUCUCACUUGGAUUACAAACUAUUCUCAUUUGGAUUACAAAAUAUAUACAUGUAUAUAUUCUCACUUGGAUUACAAAAUAUAUACAUGUAUAUAUUCUCACUUGGAUUACAAACCCUAACAUUCUAAUAUUAAUUCCACAAGUGAAUUAAGUGCAAGAAUCCAAAUUAUUAAUUAUAUUCUCACUUGGAUUACAAAAUAUAUACAUGUAUAUAUUCUCACUUGGAUUACAAACCCUAACAUUCUAAUAUUAAUUCCACAAGUGAAUUAAGUGCCUAACAUUCUAAUAUUAAUUCCACAAGUGAAUUAAGUGCAAGAAUCCAAAUUAUUAAUUUCAAAUGCCCUGCCGGGGCUAAGGUUCGAGUGGAAAUGCCCAACCCCCGGGAUGUGCUUUACAGGAAAAUGGCUGGGCGAGGGGGAUGGGCACACUUGGAUUUGGCUGAUGCAUUAAAAGUCCUGUGCUUAUUCCAGACUGCUUGUCAAAUAUUUACUUGCUAGAAGUAGAAAUUUACUCUGACCACUGGAUGAAGAAGACAUUAAAUAAGUACUGGUCAAUAAACAGAAAUGUAUUUUAUUUCAUAGUAUUACAAUUUUAUUUUUAUACUAUAAAAAUAAAAUAUAAACAUGCAGCAUAGAAUAUGCAAAUUCGAGGCAAAAUUAUUGUUGAAUCGGUUUAUUUAUAGGAUUUUAUAACAAAUAGCAACUAUAAAAGUUUGUACCUUGUCUUCACAUAGCUUUAUUCUGUUAGCCAAUGCUUUUAAAUUUACAUAUUUUAGAAUCAGUUCCUUUCCUGGUAUAACUGCAUUUCUAAAUGAAAUCAUCGUGAGUAGUGAGUGCUGAGCAGGCCGUUUUACUAUAACCAAAUUUUAGGAAUUGAUAACAACUUUGAAAAAUAUAUCGUUGCACAUUCGGUCACAGUCGGAAAAAUGUUCAUAGUUUGUUGUACCGUCGCUUGCACCUAACGAUGAACAGUCGCUCGUAAAAACAUUCGCGUGAUUAGAAUCUCAAAUGUUUGUCGGGAACAACAACACUUAAUUGUUGUUUCCCAUGUGUACAAUAAUAAGUAAAGAAAACUUUGUGUGGUCUGAACGUGUUGGGCCAGGUGUUGUUUCCCAUGUGUACAAUAAUAAGUAAAGAAAACUUUGUGUGGUCUGAACGUGUUGGGCUAGAGACCUACUGGAAACCCUUAAUACAGGCUUUUUAAUGAGAAUAGAGAAUGUUUUAUCUGCAACUGUUCACCUUUAGUUGCAACCGACGGUAUUUGGCAGCAUAAAAUUGCCUGUGGCUGUGAUAACUGAUAUAAAUAAAAUACGGUCUGGUUAAUCAGGGCUGCAUAAAAUAUUUUAUUUUCUGGGACCACAAAGCCAAUGAAAAUAUUUUCUGCAUGCUGGGAAUUUUUUGCACGCUGGGAACACUGGGAAUUUUAUGUUUAAAUUUGAUCACUAAACAAAAUUCAGUGUAUUCUAUGCACCAUUUCAUUAGAUUUGAAACGAAAAUAGAUGUAUUUUACCCUGCUAGCAGUGGUUUCUAGCUCAGCUGAGGAGAAACCACUGUGAGCAAACGAACGAUCGUUUCAUGUAGCCGCCGUCCUGAUUCACAGACGAAACAUUAAAUGAGAAACCGGUAAAACAAGUUUGACAAGUUUUUGUUGUUGUGCACUGCUGGUAAAAUGCGAGCAAGUUGUACAAAAACAACACGAUCACACUCUAAAUAUAGUAACACGCUAUAAAUAUACUACCUUUUACAAAAUAUUAUAACUUUACAAAAUAUUGAAUUAAAUGUUUGAAAUUAUACAUUUAGAUGACUUGAAAACCGCCUACAGUUCAACAGAGUAACUAUAAAUUCACACACUGCAACAAAAAUCAACCUUUUACAGAAUUAGUGUUGCUGCCUCGCAACGAUCUUUAAUCAGUUGAAAUUUGUAGCGGUUGAGGUCGUGACAAUCAAAAAUUGCAAUAAUUGUCAAAAUCAACAGUAAUUGAAAACGUUAUUAUAUUAUUUGGAAACUUGGGAAAUUGGAAUUUUUUGGAAAACCUUAACACAAUCUCCAACGUUACAGUAACACAAAUAAAGUUUGCAGACCGAAUUUAAGAAAUUGAUAUUGAUCGGAUAAAUACAAAAAUUAAAAAAGAUAUAACAGAAAUUCAAAUGCACAAUUUGUAGCCCUAGGCACUGGUUUCAAAAUAUUUCAGUACUGACAAUAACAAUAUUAUAAAACCGAUACAUAAAUUGUGAACUGCAUGUAGAAUAAAAAGUUGUUCGAUUAAAGCUAACAGACAACAAAUAAAACAGCACUAUGCCAUUCAAAUUAAUUAUGUACGUCCCACCACGUGAUCUUCGCGCAUGCUCGAUAGAAAGUCGUUUGUUUGCUCGCAGUCGUUUCUCCUCAGCUCCAGUGGCAGUGCCAGGCUUCCAAAUUUGGGGGGGGGGCAUUUGAGGGGCAAACUCAAAUUUUGGGGGGGCAAGAUAGAAUUUUUAAAACCCCCCCCCCCCUCCCCAGGAAAUCCCCCCCCCCUCAAAACGUGGCGAUAUUUCUAGGAAUAUCGCCCCCGGGGGCGAAUAUCCUAGGAAUAUCGCCUCCCAAGGGGGUGGGGCGAAUACCCUAGGAAUAUCGCCCCUCUUUAGGACAUUCGCCCCCCAUAUAUGCGAUGUGGUUUAUUCAAAUAAUUUCGUGAUACUUUCAUCUUAUUAUUGCCUUACACGUUUGAGAAUUUAACUCUGCAAAACUAAAGCUUUUUUGUCUUUUUUUGAAACGUAUUAUUGGAGUAUUGGCAAGUUUUACCAUUCAGAAAUUUACAAACUAAUAUUGAAACUGUAAAAAACAGUUUCAUGUAUACGCGCAUUCACUAAUGAGUAAUGACAACUUAUAAGCCAUACAUUUUCCGAUAACGACAGAACGCUUGUGUAGCCUUUAGUCGCUCUUAGUGACUAAUAAUUUUUUUUGAGGGGGGGUGGCAAAAUGGGGGGCAAAAAAUAAUUGGGGGGGGGCAUUUGCCCCCCUUGCCCCCCCUGGCGCCGCCACUGCUCAGCUCCAAAACCACUGCCACCAGUGUAAACGUAUUUUAAUGUGGCUACGGAAUACAUAUUCUUCAUAUUUUAAUUUAACAACAAACAUUUACAUUUUAAUGGAUAAUGAAAGUGACCACUGGGAACUGACUGCAGUUUAUAAUUAAGAUUCUAGAUUGUUAUAAUUUUAAUAUAUUUGUUCUGAAUAUCAUCUUAAUUAAUGGUGAAAGUUCAUGAGAAGGACAGAAGGCUGUUGUGUAUUGGAACAUAUUGCUUAGAUUUUUUACUACAUUGUAAGAAAUCACCACACUCGUAUACUUUUUAAUCCACAUACUGUAGUUGUUAAAUGAGUUGUAUUCGUAUAUAACUGGAGUGGUAUUUUCAGAAGUAGCUAAUACACUAGAUGAAAUCAAUAAAACAACCGCAUAGAGGAUUCGUCUUAAUAUCUGCUAGACUGCUGUCUGCCUGUCUUUGACCAUAAUAUCAGGCUGCUGGAGUGCCGCCUGUACCGGUAUAUUGGAAACUUGCCUUACUUGCAUGUUGCAAACUUCUAGUUCACUACCUACAGCUUAUUAUUCAAUUAUGUCAUUUUUUCUCAUUUUCUUCCUUUCUGUUUUUCCUUUCUUUCUUCUCUUUACUUUUUUUAUCUUUUGAGACUUUUAAGUUUUACCUUUUUUUUCUGCCAACCUCAAAAAUUUUCUGGGACCAAUGGUCCCACGGUCCACUAUAUUAUGCUACCCUGCUGGUUAUACUGACUUGAGCGUGUCAUGACAAACUCUUUACUGGAAAAUUGUGAAGAAAUAGUCGAAUAUAGAGGGUCGAAUAUGAUACUUCAACUUGUAUAGCUACAGUAUCAUUGGUACAUAGCGUUGUGAAGACAAGCCUUUGCUUACCUUUCGCUUCAGCAGUCUUUUUUUUCCAUGCUUCUCUACGCUUUCCCAUGCGAGCUUCUCUUUCCUCAGCAGUCUCCUCGAGCAAACGUUGUCGUCUUCGCUCCCUCCUUUUCGCUAGACAUUCCGCUUUCUUGUCAUUCCUUGCCUCUCUUCAUUUGGCUCGAUAUCUUUUCAAUUGGUAUUUGAUACCGUAAUUAUUUUAUUCAACUUUUUAUAGAACAGAUUGCUUUGAAAGCUGUCAAAGUUUUUUGCAAACGUACAAAAUACUGUAGUGUAAAACUAAAAAGCAAAUUAUUUUCAUGAAGUAUCUGUCAGUUGAAGUCGUCAUUUUGUCAUACAACAACAAAUUUUAAAUUUGAUCAAUCAGUGUUCGCUAUCCAUGACAGUCCGCCAUAUUUUUGAGAUCAGUGAGGAUGACCACCCACUCAAGGUUCGUUGGUCACGCCCGCGAUAUUUGAUGAACUCUAGACUUGGCUAAUGCUUUCGUUUCCCCAGGUGUAAAUAGCCAGGGGGAAUUAGUACCCUCGCACGGCGCUUCGCGUCGCCGGCUCGGGGAUGAAUUAUAGCUAGUCGAUAAAAGGCCGGCAAUAUCUAACAUAUACCGUAUAUCCAUGCAUUUAUUAGCACGUUCAAAAGAGAAACAAGUAAAAUUAUAUUUGGUGCUAAAACUUGCUUUUAUUGUUGAAUAAGUUUUUUUCUGUGAAAUAUAUUGCAUUUCUAACCAUGCAUCUUGCAUUAAAUUUCUUCUGUUACCUGUUCCGGUGUUCGCCCGUAUAAAUAUUAAACUGGAAAUACAAUAACACCAUGAUAUAUCCUAUCUUGCAACUAAAUUCAUUAAUUAUAGGGGAGGAGGGCUGGUGCAUAAUGGGGGAGGGUCACUAAUUUUCAUGCAAGGGAAAAGGGGGGGGGGGAAUUAUGUAAAUUCGUGCAAGAAAAACAUCGAGAAUUUUUUUAAUUAAUGACAUUUUUAAUAAACAAGAAUACCUAAAAAAGCGGACAGUUAUUAUUUUAUUAAAGUAAAUGGGAUCUUUUGACAUGUUUAUAACCUGACAUGUUUAUAACCAAAAUAACAAAGUAUAAUGAUAAACGUGGAUCCUCUAGGUGGCAAAAUUAACACCUUAACUAUAGUUAAUGAUUGGCCAUAUCGUAUCAUUCAUUCAUUUUACUGUUUUGGCUUUGUCAUAUAUGUACUUAUUUUUUUUCUUGCGGUCCGAAGUCAUAUUUUACGCUUUUUUGCAAUCUGAUUGGCUACGUGAGCGGUCCGUAUGAGCCCGUACGGACCGCGCGAGAUUUAAAGCCGUAGAGCCAAUGUUUUUAUUUUUCAAAAUUUAAAGACGAGUUUAAGGCUACUUUUUAAAAUAAUAAAAUGUCUGCAGACGAUGAAGAACACAGUGAAAGCGAACUUUACUAUCUCACAAAAGAUUUACUCUUCCCGAUAGCAUUGAUAGAAACGACGUUUUAUUUGGCAGCUUCAUUCGCGUGCGGGAGGAGUGAUUGGGGAAAUCCAGAGGAGGAAUUAAAAAUAAUAAAAAUAUUAUUUACCGGUAUGGUCGGUCCGUAUAGAGAAAUAUUUCUCUCGUUCUUAAAAACGUCCCUCGGCCUUCGGCCUCGGGCCGCGUUUUUAAGACCUCGAGAAAUAUUUCUCUAUACGGACCUCCAAUCCGGUAAAUAACAUAUAUAUAUUUUGGUUAUUACUGUAUACUCAUAUUUUUUUAUAAAAUCAAACCCUGCAUGGUGUAAUAAUUAAUUUGUAUCCCUUACGGAUCAAUUCACGUUCCUAUCCCUGUCAUUUAAGCUCCCUUCACCAUGUUAGAAUGCAGUCACCUGCUGUCACAUGAUCACACUACGGUAUAAAUCCUACUCCACCUUUACCGUCACAAUCAUUCAUACUCACUGUACUAUUGAGUAAGCUACCUCUAAAAGGAUCUGUCAUUUGCUCUACCUCAAAACUAACUGAGAAGGUGAACAGUAAAAUAAUUAUGUGGUGUUGGAAUGUUCGGCACUAACAAGACCUUUGGUAGGAUAACUUAAUGUUAUAUCAUUUCUCAUUUCAGAUCUUUGGUAGGAUAAUGUAGUUAUAUCAUUUUUCACUAUCUUUCGUUCCAUCUUUCACUUUUGUUGCUGUGUAACUGGCUAUUUUCAAUAACUUCGUAAUAAUUUGUUUUCUUCUUGGUCUCACAUUAUUAUCCAAACUCCUAGACUCUCCUUUCUUCUCCUUUGCCAAAUUUGGCCUACACCCCCAGCAAAGCUGCGGAUGAAGACUGUUAGGUCGAAACGUAUUCAGGGUUGCCUUUCCUACUCAUUUUCAAUAUCUCGCCUUUAUCGUAUCCCACAAAAUAUUUCACCUUUUUAAGUUCCUAUAUAAAUCUUAGUUUCCAUAGUUUAUUACGUAUAUGUUCAGCAUAGAAGUCGGAGUAAAGAUGCUGUUACACUAAGCAACUUGUCUCGGAACUUGUCUUGUAAUGUUAAGAAAAACGAUUUCAGGAUUGCAUUGCAAGAGAUGUUACACCAAGCAAUAUGAUAUUUAAAAAUAGUAUAAAAACCGUGAGUGCUAAAGUUUGGCGCCUUAUUGUCAGUCAAAAGUCAAUUGGAAACCACUCAGUGUAUAAACACUGCGAAACUAGUUACAAGAGGGAUGUGCAACUUGUGUUGCAACAAAAUUGCGAGACGAAUUGCAUAGGUACGAACCAUAAAAACGCUGGCAAAGGGGGGGGGGGGUGUCGGACAAAAGUGCGCAUCACUUUGGGGGAGGGUCAGAAAAAAAUGAACAUGGUAUAUUUCAUUUGCACUGCAGCCCUCCCUCCCCCUAUAAUUAAUGACUGGACCCUAACAUAAUUUAUUAUUAAAUGACAAAAUUACUGGAUGCUGAUUGCUUGAGAGGAGUACAAUUAUUCAUUAGUUAUUUAUCUUCUGUAAUCAGUGGCAAAUACUGCAAUUUUAUUGGUUUACAGGAGUGCGAUUUAAGCAUUAUACCACACUUUUUUUCUGAGCAGUAAUUGCACCCUUGCCUACAGCCAAUAAAUGUCCGUCUAGUAUUUACAACUAUAGCUACUCAGCAUUCAGGAUACAAACUUUGAAUUUUAUUUUCAUUAUGGCUGUAAAAUUCUCAAAAUGGAGGAAAUUUUGACAUUUUAAAUUAUAUAUUUUCUGACGGAAAUGACCUACAGUACCUGUUCUUCCAGCUGAAGACACCGAACCAGACACAACCAGCAGUUAUAUUUGACUCAGAUUCAGAUUAAAGAACUUCACUAUUUUGAACACGUUAUAAACUUGCAAACAUGGCGUUCCAAUUGUGUGUUGACCGUUGAAUAAUUAAAUUCAAACAAUGUUGUCAUGUGAUUUUACCGGAAUAAUACCCGGAAGUUAAAAUAUGUUAAUUUGAUUAUGACUAAUUUAAUUCAAAAUAUUGUAGUAUUUCACUAAGAAUUGUCGUGACAAAAAUUUAAUAAUUAUAUUGAAUUUCAACAAAUUGUAUUUUUGUGCUUCUUUCCCUUAAACAGUUUGAUUACAGAAGAUAAAUAAUUAAUAAGUAACAGAACGAAUUAAGUCGUACUAUUAAUGGCAUAAUCAUACUCGUGAUUAACAAAUCAACCUCCCGCUACGCGGUCGAUUGAUUUCGCAACACUCGUAUAAUAGCACAAUUAUUCGUUCUAUCACCAUCAUUAAUUAUACUGCAGUACAAUUAAUGAUUUUCAAAAAAAAAACGAAAUGGCGGAAAGGUAUUUUAAACACGUGUUUGAAAUAAAAUUGACCCAGAGGAACUAGAUGAAAAUACGAACAAAAGCACCAAAUUUUGCUUUAACAAAACGAAAUGGCGGAAAGGUAUUUUAAACACGUGUUUGAAAUAAAAUUGACCCAGAGGGAACUAGAUGAAAAUACGAACAAAAGCACCAAAUUUUGCUUUAACAAAAGAACUAAAUGAAAAUACGAACAAAAGCACCAAAUUUUGGUCGAAAGUCUGGCAGCCGGGUUUUGGCGAGAGAAUAUCGAAAGUCUGGCAGCCGGGUUUUGGCGAGAGAAUAUGAUGUUGACAUUGAGAAGUAUCCAAUUUUGUCAUGUUAAUACGGCAGUUUGUCCAAUUUUGGCAAAAUUUCCAAGCAUACUCUUACUAUUAAUCCCUAAUGGUACUCGCCAUCACAUGAUGACCUAUACUAAUAAAAACAAAAUUGAUUUUAUAUGUACACUCCAGAAAACAAAUUAUCUGCAAGAGAGAAGUCUGCAAGUCGGACAGGUGCAGUUGUUGGUGGAAUAUUAGGCUGCCUUGUUGCACUAGUUCUUGCUGUGGUUGUCUUUCUUCUGAUACGAAAAAGAAUUCGAAAUCGACAGCGCAAGAAAAUUAAUCUGCAGGUAAACAUUUUUUCUCAUUUUUGCUUAUUAUUACCAUUCGCAUAGAAGUUAAGUAUACUAACUAUUAAAUUAAUAUAAAGUCGAAGCUAUUUGGUAACUGCAUGUACACCACACAGAGAAAAGUAAUUCUGUGUGUCGUUCUUCUACAUAUUUAUAUUCUGCUUAGUUUACUUCUACAUCAUUGGUAAACUAAACUGUAGUGUUCCGUGACGUUCCACUUACACAAAAAUAAUUAGUGCCAGUUGGUUGGUUAAAACGUGUUUGAUAUAUCGAUCUAUGACAACCGAACCUAGAUAUCUUAUACAGCUAUUUCAAUUAAGGUUAAUUAAUUGUCCACGAGCAAAGCGGAAAAGUUGAAUACGAGCGCGAAAGGCUGCUAGGCAUCGCAAACAAAUUAAUGAAUUUUCAAAGCGGAUCCCAGCAGCCUUUCGCGCUCGUAUUCGACUUUUCCGCUUUGCUCGUGGACAACCUUAAUUGAAAUAGCUGUAUACACUAGACAGUGCAUCUAAUUAUUCUACAAUUCAAUAAUUCAAGCCGUGAUUGCAGACAUGAUAUUCCCAUGAAAUGAGAAGACUCGUAUGUUUUCUAUUUCUUAAACAGGGAACUUAAACAUUAGGUUAAACCUGUUCAAAUGAUGAAAGUUAUUGUUGUUUUUAAGCGUUUAUUAGCGAGUGGGAAAAUCCAACAUGGCCGCCAUCUAUUCAAAUGGGAAUAACCAUUAACCGCUGGAAUAUUCCUGGCUUCAAUUUUACUAAAAGAGAUGCGCUAUCUAGUAUAUAUAAGAUAUCCAUGCAAUCAACACUUGGCUUUUCAAAAAUUUUCCGAUAUUUGAUUAUUAUAAUGGCAUCUUGGCUGCAGCUAUGGUCAUAUGUUCCCGUUCAAAUGUCGUUCUACGUUAAUUGUGAAAUAUAUUUGCCUCACGCUUAGUAGUAACAUGUCAAGAUACUGCGCGAGCUUCCUUUGUAAAGAAUAAGAUUGCACAUGAAAUAUAGCAUACCUAAUUUCCCCUAACAUAGCAUACCUAAUUUUCAAAUGUUCAGGCAGUAAUUACGCUCGUACCUAUUUUGAAUUUGAUGGGAAUUACCAAAUUAUUUAUAAACGAAACUUUUUAUAAUAAACGCAAGGAACACAAAAACAUUGGACUUGAGACGAGUAAUUGUGCAUGGACUUGAAUUUUUCAUUGAACUGAAAAAUGCUCACCUUCAAUUCUCAUUUUAUUCUUUUAGUUCGAAAUUUAAUAUUUUUUUGUUUCCUCUGCUUCUCUUAGGAAUAUGAAUCCGUUCACGAGAGGCAGACUGAAGGCAAAAGGGCUCUAUCAGCCACACCUAUUGAACUACAACCCAUCAAGAACGGUGAAUAAAUUUAUGAAUCAUACAAAUCAAGCUUUGCUCCACGCUCCACCGAAUCGCUUUCUCGCGUUUACCACGAGCGCCAAUGUAAUAAGAAAUUUAAUUUGCUGUAAUGUAGACUACGAUACGACUCUUACCCCUGUAUUGUAAAAGCUCAAUCACAGUCACACUCAAUGAGAGAAGGUCCAAUCUGAGCUUCACUUGAGUGUCAAUGCUGUUUUUGAAUAGCUGGAGAAUGAGUAGUUAAACAAACUAACGCUAACCCUCCAGCUAUUCAAAAACAGCAAUGGCACUCGAGAGAAGCUCAGUUUGAACGUCCACUCAUUGAGUAUGAGUGUGAGUGAGCUUUUAGAACAUGGGCGUUAUAGUUUCCAGGUGACUGUUUGGCCUUUGGCGCUGCAAGGAAGGCCUUGUGGGCGAUAGUAUACAGUCAUUAACGCUGGUCGACAGGACCAGUGUUUUGAAAUGGGCGCGUUUCUGGUUGUUUUUGAGUUUUAUUUCUAAAGGGGUGUCACAAUCUCGACAUUCCAAUGCUUUUAUGUAAUAAAUCUUAACUUAAAUAAAUUACUCCUAAAAACUAGAAUUACAAAUUGUAAGUGAAAUGCUGCGAGCAAAAUACUGGAAGUUCCUGUGUCUUCCACAGUCGUCUCUUGGGUAGUUGGGCAGUCUUCAGGAUAGUAAUGAGGGCCAGGAAGUUCCUGUGUCUUCCACAGUCGUCUCUUGGGUAGUUGGGCAGUCUUCAGGAAAGUAAUGAGGGCCACUAAUGAGGGCCACUAAUGAGGGCCACUAAUGAGGGCCACUAAUGAGGGCCACUAAUGAGGGCCACUAAUGAGGGCCACUAAUGAGGGCCACUAAUGAGGGCCACUAAUGAGGGCCACUAAUGAGGGCCACUAAUGAGGGCCACUAAUGAGGGCCACUAAUGAGGG